UUCAGAGCAGACUUGAGACGAGGGGAUAGGAACGUCACGGGACUAUUUGACUUUUAUCCGCAACACCGCUGCCCCUUUUUCUUCUAGAACUUUCCAACUUUCUCUUAAUUGUAGUUCCGUAAAAACCAGACAGGGAUUUAACUCCGGAGUGACUGAUGUUCAAAAAGAAAAGUCCCCACAGCUGGCAGUGAUGGUGAAUGCGACGUGGCCAUAUUCCUCCUACGUGCCCCAUUAUCUCCUCCGUGGCGAUCCGUUUGCUUCAAGACUCUCUAAGGAGGCAGACAUUGUUGCAGCUUUUUACAUCUGCAUCAUAGGUAUUUUGUCUGCAACAGGGAACGGAUACGUUUUGUACAUGACCAUCAAACGCAAAACCAAACUGAAGCCUCCGGAGCUCAUGACUGUCAACUUAGCCAUCUUUGACUUCGGCAUAUCAGUGACGGGAAAGCCCUUUUUUGUUGUUUCUAGCUUUUCCCAUCGCUGGUUGUUUGGUUGGGAGGGCUGUCAGUUCUACGGAUGGGCAGGCUUCUUCUUUGGAUGCGGGAGCCUCACCACGAUGACUGUGGUCAGCCUGGACAGAUACCUCAAAAUAUGUCAUCUGAGAUAUGGAACGUGGUUAAAACGGCAUCACGCCUUCUUGUGCUUAUGCUUUGUGUGGAUGUAUGCAGCCUUCUGGGCCACCAUGCCCCUGGUAGGUUGGGGAAGCUACGCCCCAGAACCAUUUGGGACCUCCUGCACGCUGGACUGGUGGUUGGCACAAGCUUCUGUAUCGGGCCAGACCUUUGUCAUGGCUAUUCUCUUCUUCUGUCUUGUGCUACCGACUGGCAUCAUAGUCUUUUCCUAUGUGAUGAUCAUCUAUAAAGUCAAGUCUUCUGCAAAAGAAAUCUCGCACUUUGAUGCCCGAAUCAAUAACAACCAAAACCUGGAGAUGAAACUCACAAAGGUGGCAAUGCUGAUCUGUGCAGGCUUCUUGAUAGCCUGGAUCCCGUAUGCGGUCGUGUCGGUGAUAUCCGCAUUCGGGGAGCCGGAUUCGGUUCCCAUUCCUGUGUCUGUUAUUCCUACCCUGCUUGCCAAGUCCUCAGCAAUGUACAACCCAAUCAUCUACCAGGUGGCAGACCUGAAGAACUCCUGUUCGUCUGCCUGUUUGAAGGUCAUGGGGAAACGCAAGCAUUUUCGGAAGUCCAGGUUGUACGCAAUCUCUGGCACGUUAAAGGACACACCAGCAACCAAAGAAACUCGCAUGGAGAUGUGAGACAAGACUGUUUCCUGCUUGCCUCUUUGACUUGGACAGUUUGCCUUCUCCCCUUGCCCGAUCACACGCUGCCUCGCCAUCUACGUUGACACGAACGACCGCUUAUCUUUGUUCCUGCUUCACAACCUAUACUCAAUCUCUUCCUGCAACUCCUCACCUUAAUCCUUGGAAAAACAUCAAACUUCCGAAGUGGUUUCAGUGUUGUACAAUGUUUGACUCCGUUUUUUUUUUUUUUUUGUAGGCGUGUUGAGUCCUUAAAUUAUUGUUCUUGAACAAAUCAUGACUCAGGUUGGAAAAAGUUUAGCAAAUAUCAGAACGUUUCACCUAAAGUGUGAAUUCAAAUGAAAGUAAGUGUAUAUAAAUAUAUGGUUUCCCGUUGUUACACCAAAACUGUACUUUAAAUGGUUUGUACAGGCUAUUGUCUUUAUGUGGCUUCUGUACGAGCGUAUAUUUAAAACGCCACUGCAUGCCAGCAGAUGAAAUGUGAGUCCAAUCGGUGAAACCGAGACUUCACGACUUGAGGGGGUACCGGGGGUUAUUGUCCCAAUGCAGCACUGAUGAGACUGAGAGAGCGCGACAGUACCGGUAAACGGCCUUCACCGGGAAACCAACAUGUGAGUGCACUUUAUUUGCAAAACCACUUAGUAUGCAUUGGAAACUGUCUGGUUUCACCCGUAGAUGUUGUGGAUUGUCACAGUGACUGACAAAACAACUCGACGACGGCACGCUACAAAAAGUGGAAAUCUAAACAAGAUUGGAUAUCUGAAAUCAAAGCAAGGUAAGGUAAUGUGUAAUGUAUAGUAGUUGAUCGAUUUUAUAGCAAAUGGUAAUUGUUAUGCCAACCUUCAAGCUUCCGCAUCAACGUUUGCAAUAGAAGCGACUGUCGGAAUUAUUAAGACAAGAUUCAGGACUACAGAACCUUCCCCGUCUCCGCUAAUCAUUAGCCACGUUUACAUGAGGAAUUUUUCUCUUUCCGAAUGGAAUCUUUCCGAAAGCAAUGGUAUACAUUCAUUCAUUUUCUACCGCUUUUCCUCACGAGAGUCGCGGGGGGUGCUGGAGCCUAUCCCAGCUGUCUUUGGGCGAGAGGCAGGGUUGCCAGCCAAUCGCAGGGCACAUAUAGACAAACAUUCACAUUCAUGGCCAAUUAACCUAGCAUGUUUUUGGAAUGUGGGAGGAAACCGGAGUACCCGGAGAAAACCCACGCAUGCACAGGGAGAACAUGCAAACUCCACACAGAAUUCCACAGGUGGAAUUGAACCCUGGUCUCCUAGCUGUGAGGUCUGCACGCUAACCACUCGAUCGCCGGGCCGCCAAUGGUAUACAUGGAAAGGAAUAUUCCAAUCGCAUGUCUAAUUUGCCGCUAUAAUUAACCAGAAUAGUCAAUGGGGCAUGCCCAGUAAAACGUAAACACCAACAGUUUUUCUUCUUUCCGAAUGGAAUCUUUCCGAAUGACUUUUCCUAAAACAAUGGUAUACAUGGAAAGGAAUAUUCCAAUCGCGUGUCUACAUGCGUCGCUAUAAUCAACCAGAAUAGUCAACGGGGCAUGCCCAGUAAAACGUAAACAUCAACAGUUUUUCUUCAUUCCGAAUGACUUUUCCGAAAACAAUGGUAUCCAUGGAAAGGAAUAUUCCAAUCUCGUGUCUACAUGCGCCGCUAUAAUCAACCAGAAUAGUCAAUGGGGCAUGCCCAGUAAAAUGUAAACACCAACAGUUUUUCUUCUUUCCGAAUGGAAUCUUUCCGAAUGACUUUUCCUAAAACAAUGGUAUACAUGGAAAGGAAUAUUCCAAUCUCGUGUCUACAUGCGUCGCUAUAAUCAACCAGAAUAGUCAAUGGGGCAUGCCCAGUCAAACGUAAACAUCAACAUCACGUGAUACCGGCUUCCACAAGUUUUUUUUUUCACUUAUUGGAAUAACUCCGUAUUGCCAGUUUUUCCUUUGUCCAGUCUUGAAAUUUAGUUUGAAUCAAAAACAAACUUUCCUUAGCAGUCCAGUGCCGAUUGCUCACCUCCAUUUUUUUUUAAACCGAAGAACGUCUCGAUCUGCGUGUUACGUCAUAUCUCAGCAUUCGCUGAAAGAACGCACCCGGGAACAGGAAAAGAUAAAGUUCAAUCUUGCUAAUAUUUUAUAAUUAAGUUCGGCACAUGUUUUAUAUAGAUAUGUAUUUUCUUUUUAAAUAAAAGUGGACUUGUGAAUGGCGUAUAGAAGGGUUUAGAUUCUGUUCCACAGAUGGCGCUAAUGCACAUCGAAAGCUGCUUGCCAACCGCCAAUAAACAACAGAAGAAGAAGAACACAGUCUGACAACUCUCCAUUUGAGCGGGUACAAGAUACCUCAAUCGGAUUGGGGAAAGGAAUAUUCCACCCCUGGGAAUCCCAUUAUAUAUUCAUUCGGAUUGGCACUUUUCUUUCGGAAUGUGGUGUAUACAAAGGUUACAUUCUUUCCGUUUGAGCAAAUAACCCGAAUGGAAUUGGAAUAUUUGGGUCCAUGUAAACGUGGCUAUUGUCGGGUCUAGAACCAAUUAACCGCAAUAAGCUAGAAAUUACUGUCAAAUUAAACUUGUUCAUACGAGUGUAAAAUAGAAUGUGCCUGAUAAAAAUACAGGGACCUUGAUAGCAGAUAUUUAAUUUAGUUUACAUUUCCACUUCAGUACCCGUUUCAUUUCACGGGAAUGGGUACAAUUGUCACUUUACUUUCCUAUGUGGAUCACAUAUGAUUGUUUGUAUCAUGUUUAUUCAAUGUAUGUGCUUAAUUGCUUUUCUUUGUGAUGUUUUUAGCCUAACGUCGGUGUGUUACGCAUUAGGGCUAAAGCCUGCAAAACAAAUGGAAUCCCUAAAAAAAAUUGGGAUUGAGAAGUUGGUAAUAUUUGCAUUAUUCUUACAGUUGCACAAGUGCAAUGAUCAAACCUUCAGGGAAAAAAAACAAACUCUGAAGGAUAAUCGACAGGUAUUUUAUAUGACAGAUGCAUUCCGGUAUGUUGCAUUGAAACGUUUUUUUUUUUUGUCUAUA